GUUUUUACUUACGAACGGAAAUGGUAUUCUCGUAAGGACCUCGCCCGUCAUCGGAUCCACGGAGAUCCAGACGACACCUCUCAUCGCGGGCACCCCCUGUGCAAAUUCUGCGACGAGCGUUACUUGGAUAACGACGAGUUACUGAAACACCUAAGGCGGGAUCAUUAUUUCUGUCACUUCUGUGACUCUGAUGGUGCUCAGGAGUACUACAGCGAUUACGAGUACCUUCGUGAACACUUCCGCGAGAAGCACUUCCUGUGCGAAGAGGGACGGUGCAGCACGGAACAGUUUACUCACGCUUUCCGCACAGAAAUAGAUUACAAAGCACACAAAACAGCCUGCCACAGCAAGAACAGGGCAGAGGCCAGGCAGAACCGGCAGAUAGACCUCCAGUUUAACUACGCUCCCAGGCACCAGCGGAGGAACGAGGGUGUUAUAGGUGGAGAGGACUACGAAGAAGUUGACAGGUACAACAGGCAAGGGAGGUCGGGCAGAUCGGGCGGACGAGGAAGUCAGCAGCAAAACAGAAGAGGCAGCUGGAGGUAUAAGAGGGAGGAAGAAGACAGAGACGUUGCAGCAGCGGUCAGGGCAUCUGUAGCAGCUAAACGGCAGGAGGAGAAAAAACGGGUAGAAGACAAAGAGGACAGCAGCAGCAGAGGUAGAAAGGAGGACUUGAGGGAUUCCGAAGCGCUCAGCUCCAAACGUGUGCCAAAGCCUUCCACUGAUGCCGCAGAAGCAGCUGCGAACGGUGUGUUAAGCCAAGAUGACUUCCCAGCAAUUGGGUCGGCGGCGGGACCUCUACCAGGCUCUGCCCAGCUAGCAGCAGUUAAGCUUAAGGAAGAAGAUUUCCCAAGCUUGUCAUCCUCUGCAGCACCCGCCGUCUCUUCUGGGAUGUCUUUGACGUAUACAGCGACUGCAAAGAGAACAGCUUUCCAGGAGGAGGAUUUUCCAGCUCUGGUGUCCAAAAUGAAGCCCAACAAUAAGACAGUCACUAACAUCACAUCUGCGUGGAACAACGGUUCCAGCAAAAGCGUGGUCAAAGCCAUCAGCAACCCCUGUGUAAACCAGAUAGCCAAGAAACCAUCCUCCCUGAACAGCACUAAAGGAAACAAGAAGAGCAAUAAACUCUCUCAGUCAGACGAUGAAGACGGCGGCAGUGGCUUGACAACCCAGGAGAUCCGAAACGCGCCGACCAUGUUCGAUGUGUCAUCCUUGCUGGCAGCUUCUACCUCACAAACUUUUAUGAAAGUGAGCAAGAAAAAGAAGAUGGGGGUUGAGAAGCAGAGACCGUCAUCCCCGCACCUCUCGCAGGAGGCCUCGUUUCCCAGGCCGUGUGCUGAAAAGCUGACGGAAGCGGAGCGGACAUCAACCGCGGCCGCUGCUCUUCACGCUCCCGACAGAUCCGCAGCCGUCAUGAACGGUCAUUCGGAAAAAUCGUUAGCGAUCUGUAGUACGCCCAAAGAGCCCCCCGGCCUUAAAAAGCCCACAGUGACUACCAAAUGCCCUUUACCUCAGGAAGACUUCCCAGCUCUUGGGAGCUCAGGAUCAGCUAGAAUGCCCCCGCCACCAGGCUUUAACACUGUGGUGCUAUUAAAGAAUCCUCCUCCGCCUCCGGGACUGUCGGUGCCUGUUAGUAAACCCCCUCCAGGCUUUACCGUUAUUCCAUCCACCAAUGUCCCUGAACCUGUCACUACAUCUCUGAAAGAGCCAAAACCCUGUCACGGAUCGUACUUGAUCCCUGAAAACUUCCAGCAGAGGAACAUUCAGCUCAUACAGUCUAUUAAGGAGUUUCUGCAAAGCGAUGAGUCCAAGUUCAAUAAAUUUAAGACCCAUUCUGGGCAGUUCAGACAGGGCCUGAUUUCCGCGGCGCAGUAUUACAAAAGUUGCCGAGAACUGCUCGGCGAUGACUUCAGGAAGAUCUUUAACGAGCUCUUGGUGUUGUUGCCGGACACGGUAAAGCAACAGGAACUGCUCUCGGCACACAACGAUUUCAGAAACAAAGAGAAGCAAAGCUCAAACAAACCCAGAAAGAACAAAAAGAACGCGUGGCAGACGGACUCCAACUCCGAGCUCGACUGCUGGAUCUGCCCAACGUGUAGGCAGGUGCUGACUCCGCGGGACGUUGUCACCCACAAAGCUUUGCAUAUCGAGGACGAGGAGUUCCCUUCCCUACAGGCCAUCAGCAGGAUCAUCAGUUAG